AGGGCGGCCGCUGGCUCCCGCGUUGUCCCCUGCCCCCGUUGACCCCGCUGCCGGAGCCUCAGACCUGGGCACCACCGCCACGGCCCAGGCAUUCGAAGAAGCCCCUCUCCUCCAAGGUGGAGCUGCGGGGACAAAUCUCACUUUCAUCAGCACUGUUGAAAGGAGAAAAAAUGCCAGUCCUGUCUCCGGAAAUCAAAUUUGAUACUUCCAAUGUUACCAGAAAUUCCUUUGACAGUUGUUUUCUUUUUGAGAGUAGUUGGAGGAAAGCAGUUUUAGAAACACAAAAGAUGAAGAAAGAAUACACCACUGCCUUUGGUCUAGAAGAGUUCAAAGAAUGUGUCAAGAUGCCGUAUUUACCAGGACUGCAGAGUUGCCCAAAAAGUGUAAGUUCAACUCCACUGGAAGUUCGUCCAAGACUGCUGCAGGCUGACCCCGAGAUGUGUCCAGUCAGGAUAAGGAAGACUAAGGAAGCCCGCACUGUGGUACCACUUCAGGAGAAACCAAAGGGAUUUUUAAGGCAUUCUAAUUCUUCAAUCAACUUUGUUUCCGGCUUCAGUGAUCCUCUUGCUGGAGCAUCAUCUCAAUACUUACAGAGACUUUCCAAAAUGGCCAUAUUGGAGUAUGAUACCAUUCGUCAAGAAACUACUAGAAAAUCCAAAAAGAGCAAGAAACGAGACCUGAGAGACUGCUGAUAAGUAUCACAUCACAUGCGAUGCUUUCUUCACUGCUGUCUAAGGUUUAUAUAUUUUUUCCUUUCUUUUUCUUUUUUUGAUAUGUGGUAUGAUGUGCAAUGAUUUACAUAAAAACGGAAAUGUA